AUGGCUUCUGUGCAGUCCCACACUGGGGACUGCAAGUGCGCAAGCCAGCCGCGGGAAAAGAUUUCCGAAGCAUCCCAGUCGAAUUUCCAGUCCUCCCUCUGGCUUCCUUCUCUUCUUUCGUCUCCAGGGAGGGGUUCCAGCGUCCUUUCGGCGCUUCAGGAUCUGUCCUGGCUCUCCAAAUCCAAAGUUGAGAAGCAGCUGCAGAUUAUAUCCGUGAUGCAGUGGAUCCUGACGUUCCUGUUCCUGGGUGUGAGUUGCUCAAUCGUUCUCUUGUACUUCCUUUGUACCGACUGCUGGGUGAUCACGGCGGUGUAUUUCGCCUGGCUGGUCUUUGACUGGAACACGCCCGUGAAAGGUGGAAGGAGGUCUCAGUGGGUCCGAAACUGGGCCGUGUGGCGGUAUUUCCGGGACUACUUUCCCAUACGCCUUUUGAAAACCCACAAUUUAUUGACUACUCGGAAUUACAUUUUGGGCUACCACCCGCAUGGAAUCUUUGGACUCGGUGCCUUUUGCAACUUCGGCACGGAAGCCACAGGCAUGGGCCAGAAGUUUCCCGGGAUCAGGCCGUACCUGGCCACGCUUGCUGGCAACUUCCGAUUGCCCAUUCUGAGGGACUACUUAAUGUCGGGGGGUAUCUGUCCCGUGAACCGCGACAGCAUAGACUACAUCCUUUCGAAGAAGGGCACUGGGAACGCCGUCGUGAUCGUGGUCGGCGGGGCCGCGGAGUCCCUCAACUGCGUUCCGGGCAAAUACUCCGUGACGCUGAAGAACCGGAAAGGUUUUGUCAGGCUGGCGUUACGACACGGUGCGGAUCUCGUUCCCGUAUAUUCAUUCGGGGAGAACGAAGUUUACAAGCAGGUGGUCUUCGAGGAAGGCUCGUGGGGGAGAUGGGUCCAGAGGACGUUCCAGAAGUACGUCGGCUUUGCCCCCUGCUUCUUCCUUGGACGGAGCCUCUUCUCCUCUAACACCUGGGGCUUGCUGCCCUAUUCCAAGCCCAUCAACACCGUAGUGGGGGAACCGAUCACCAUUCCGAAAACCGAGAACCCGAGCCAGACGGAAGUAGACUUCUAUCACAGCCUCUACAUGAGCUCCCUGAGUAAACUCUUCGACAAGCACAAGACGAAAUUCGGCCUGCUGGAGACAGACGUCUUGGAAGUCAACUGACGGCGAGAGGGUCCAUCUCGCUUCGGCCAUCUUGGAUGGGAACGGGGGAAGAGGUGACUCGCUCUUUGCAAAGCUGCAUCAAAGACGCUUUUCUGCUGGAGUUGGAGUGCUUUGUUGCCCGGUCUGUGGGUCCGGGAAACGAACCUUGACAUGCAAGCGAGCUUUAGAAGGACAGAAAACAAAACAAAAGUUGUCUAAAUACUCAAACGUUAGACCUUUCUUGUAACCUUCUUUCUUGGCAACGGACGCGUCUGGCGCCGCCCCUGUAUAGUUCCCCAUCAAACUUGGAAGAGGAAACAUUUGCGUUGGGAAAUCUGCAAAACGAGACACGUAUCGCCACUCUCGGGCGGGGAACGGAGCGCCGGAGCCGAGGAGCGGAGCCAGAGGUUCGGUACCGCCCACCCAAAUCAAAGCACUUAUUUUGAAUCGAUGCCGGGGCCCUAUUCCGGCAAUCUAAAUAGGGGAGGCUGGGGCUGUUAUGCUGCCCCCAAGUGGUGGCUCCACAUAAUGCAAGACGAUGGCGUUGCAAACGACUUUGUUGGCGCCUGGAUUGAGAAAUAGAAGGGAAAGGGCCGUGGCUGAUUGGCGGAGCACAUUCUCGGAACGCAGAAAGUCCCAGACUCCAUCCCUGGCAUUUUCAGUGAUGGAAUCUGGCAGCAGGUGAUGUCAAAAAGCUCUGCUUCGGGCCCCCGGGGAGCCCCUGCUAGUCAGAGUAGGCAGGACUGACCCUGAUAGACCGUGACUGAUUCUUGGGGGCUGAGACAGAUCGGUGAGCCUCCAGAGGCCGCUGCUUAGACUGGUCCCCAGGGGAAAGGGUCAGAACGAGAGGGACCUAGUUCAUCAUCUUAAACCCCCGCCUUUCAAUGCUGAAGGAUGAAAGGACUUCCAGCGGCUUGGUCGCAGUUGAUGGUUUAUAUCAGGGGUCCCCAACGAGGUUCCCGGGGGCACCAUCAUGCCCUCCCCCCCAAACCUUCCCUGGUGUCGACCAAGUUCUUUUAGAACUUGGAUGCGGCCAGGGCUAUUUUUGGGCAGGAACGCACAGGAACGGAGUUCCGGCUGGCUCCCAAGUUGG